UCGCGCGCCGCCAACCUGAGGGGCGGCAGGAUGUGGGCUGGCGGUGACGUCAGGCCCAGAUGUUCCCCCAGGCCCCGCCCCCGGCGGGUCCGGCGGCCCCGGGGAGCGGUAACGGGGAGAGGCGACUCCGCUGUCACCCCGCCAUGGACGGGCCGCGGACACCGCCUCUCCCUUCCGCCGCCGAAAGACAGCCGUGACUCGGGCCCGGAGCAACAAGCUGCCAGUGCCAGGAUCUGCCUGCGCUGCCUUCUCUUCCAGCGGACUUCCAGCGCGUUUCUGGUGUAGGGACAAGCUGGGUGUGAUCGUCACGAACAGAGCGUGGUUUGGAUGGCUGGUAAAUCGACCUUUACUUCUACAGAGAGAUCCUAAGAAAUGAGAGGGAAAAGUCUGCUCGCGUAAUCUUUUUAAAAAGGGAAAGAGCAGUGUUGUGUUUUGUUGGGUUUUUUUUUUCCCCCACCCCUUUCUGUUUGGAUUUCUUUUGAAACUUGCGAAAAAUGGCAACAGCAGCAUAUGUGGAUCAUUUUGCAGCAGAGUGCCUUGUUUCUAUGUCCAGUCGUGCUAUUAUCCAUAGCCCCAAAGGGGAGCCUGAUCCCCAACCCGAUGCAGCUAUACCUCUCGCAUCAAACGGAGAAGAUAAGCGGGAAGCCAGAGAAACCGGGAAAGACAAUGGAUCAUCAUUACUUGUGGUAGCUAGCAUUUUAGCAGAUCUGAACCAGCACGUCCCAAACUCACCUGCUCUAAGGAUGGAAAAAACAGAGACCUUUGGUGUCACAGAACAGAUACGCAUUUCUAUUGCUCCUGAGGAGUUUGGGGAAGAAAGUGUGCCUUCGGCUGGUAAGCGUGGAGGAGGAAGAGCAGCCACACCUACUAGCCUGGCUGCAGUAACUGAGCCAAGCCCCAGACAAAAGAACAAACGCACGAGAAGCUGGACUGACCCUGGAUCACCCCAGAAAAAGCACAAAUGCCACUAUAUGGGGUGCGAAAAAGUUUAUGGCAAAUCUUCCCAUCUUAAAGCUCAUCUAAGGACCCACACAGGUGAACGGCCUUUUGAAUGCAACUGGCAAGGAUGCAACAAGAAGUUUGCUCGCUCCGAUGAGCUGGCCCGCCAUUACCGCACUCACACUGGAGAAAAGAAGUUCAGCUGUCCUCUCUGUGAGAAACGCUUCAUGCGCAGUGACCAUCUGACAAAGCAUGCCCGCCGCCAUGCCAAUUUCCACCCAAGCAUGCUCAAGAGGCGGAGUGGAAGCAGCUCAAGAACAGGGUCUGUCAGUGACUACAGCCGCUCAGAUGCCUCAAGUCCAACGAUUAGCCCUGCCAGUUCUCCAUAGACCUACCUGCACUGGAUGUCAGCACUUUGCUUCGAAUACCUAACGUGGAGUUUUGUUUGUGUUGCACACAUUUAAAAAACUCUGUCGCUUCCCCUCCUCAGUUCCCCACCCCCUUUUUUAAAAAAAAUAAAAAUAAAACCAGUAAAAUAGCUGCCUCCCACUGCAACUUCCAGUCAAAUUUUCUUUACCCAGCCAUACAAGUGGCUAUUCUAACCUCAUGGACAGACUUACUUGUUCCACUUAGUGACUCCUGCUGUCUCAAUAUUUCAUGCAUUUUGCAACAAUUUACGGACCCUUUUGAUUAUUCUUCAUAAGAAAAUGAGAAAAUCUAAAAAAAAAAAAAAAAAGGAAAAAAAACCCACCCACCUAAUUCACCUCAGGUGUCAAACUAGUUUUGUAAGACCGGAUUGCACAACAUGAGCAUACGUACACUUACAAAUCAACUGUGUUGGAUUGUGUCCCCCUUCUCCUUUCUCAGGGAUGGAUAUUUAUGUUACACAAUAAUUACAAUGAAGACACGCCCUAACCGCAGCCUUACUCUGUAAAUAUAUUUGCACUCAGAAGCUUUUUGUUAGGUUCUUUCACACACUGGGGAAAAAUAUAAAACAAACAAACAAUACAAAAACCAAACCAGUACUGGAAUGGAGUACCAGACUCUUCCAUUGUUUGUUUUCCCGAUUAUACACCUACAGUGGGGAGUGUCCAAACAGGAGUCUUGUCUAUCUUCAAGCUGCCCUCUGCUUUUGGUAGCAAACCAUCUUUUCACUUCAUGCUGAAGAUGCUCCAAAACCAACUUCCUAUUGCAAAAAUCUCUGUGAGGUUGAUAAACUUGUUUGUUUGUUUGUUUCAUGCUAGAUAAAAUUCUGAGAAAAAAAAUUCUAAACAAGAUGCCUUAAGUAAAUAACCUAAAUCACGAGGAAACAUAUUUACACUGGUUAACAUUUUAUGGCAAGGUGGCAUGGAAUCUCGGAGGCAUUCUGUCAUCACUCUCUCCAAGUUCUUAAGCUCUCUGCACUGCCUGUUCAGUAUGGGACCAACAGAAUAUUCAAAUCAGACCACACUGACUUGAACAAUUUUACAAUUUUCUUUAAUACUUUUUUCUUUUUUUUUUUUUCUUUUUGAUGAACUAUGGAGAUAGCGUAGCUGAACCAAUGCCCACCAAAACUUUUAUCAAGGUACUUACCUACUGUACAGCUGUGUCUUAGCAAGAACAAUUGGCUAAGACGUAGUUUCUGUAUCCUGUUGCAUCACAAUCGUGGUGGCUGAUAAGUGUAAGGAAAAAUCAUAAGGUAUCUUCUGACUGGAAAAAUAAAAUAUGCAUUUUUAAGUUUUAAAAUAAAAUGACAUUUUAGCUCAGAACUACUGCAAGCUUAUCAAAGAUACACAAACCAGCCUAAAGUAAGGUGCUUUCAUUUCUGAAUACGUGCUUAGCAACGAAAAGGGAAUCUUGACUAGUUUUCAAUAACUUUCAAAUAUUUGACACUAGAUAGAGCAUUAGGAAGUAGAUUUUUAUGUUUUAUAUGGUAGAAAAUACAGCAAAAGACCAGACACAUUGUGAUGUACUGGAGACCUCAUUGGCAGCAAAUACCAUUUCCUUGGUUUGGCUGGUUCUGAUGGUGCAUAUUAUAAAUUCAGGUCCUUUUGAUUCUGGAAUUUUGCGGUUUUUCUUGUUUUUACUGUAGGGUAUAAACACAGUUAAGUGUAGCAUGGUGAGAAGAAACUCUCUAUGCCGAACCUGCCAUUUGAUACUGAGUGAAUGCCUCCACAUUCCAAAUGAACCUGUAUCUUACUUGCUGCUUUGCAUUGAUCCAAUUUUGCAAGUUUUUAUUGUACUGUAUAUUAACCGUGAGAGGCUAAUAUAGAUUUCCAAGUAGUUUCAUAGGUACUUCCAUAAUAUAUACAUUAUUCCUAAUACUACGCAUUCUAUUAGUUGUAUGGAUAAAUACUUAAAGGUAGUUCAAAGUGCAGAUAUUUCACUAUUUUUUUCAUGUUCAUUUGCUUCAGAUUUCAUGUGCGUUAAAUCACAGUUUUCCCCUUUUGAAUUGUAAGUCAUGCGAGGCACAAUUCUACUGUUUCAUUUCAGAGAAAAUGAAAGAACAUCAUAAGGUUUUUUAGGAAGACAACAAAUAUUGUUGAAUUUGUGUGAUGAGUUGCCUAACCACUGUAAGUUAGGGGAACAUGAGUUAGGGGAAAGCCAGAUCUGUUUGCCUCCAUAGAUUUCCGCUUUCCUUUUUUUCUUUUUCUUUUAAAAUCUCAUUUGCUAAGAUAUACAAUUUUAACAACUCGAUACAAUUCAGGUAUUCACAUUUAACAGGAAUUCACAUUUCAAUCAUUUCUGUGACUGCUAAAAGUGCUCUUGUGCUGUAGUUAGUAAAGAGGCAUUUAAGAUACCUAGCUAAAGGAAUUCUACAAGUCAGCUGUGUCUUGUGCACAUACUUCAAAACAAGUCAUGAACACAUUUCUCAUUAUACUUUAAUAGAGAGAUAUGGGGGGGGGGAAUCAAGAGAACUAAGUAUCAGCAAAAAUCAUAGGCUUCACGUUCUAAGUUGAGUUUGUUGCAAAAUCAUCUUUUCCUACAAGAGUAUCAUUUAAUCUUUAGCAAAGGAGGAACUGCUCCAGUCCAUUUAUUUAGGGCAUAAUAAUUCAGCAUGAAUCAUCAGGUGCAUUACACACAAGUUGUUUUAAUAGCCUGGAGAAAGAACAUUAGCAUCAGGUUCUAUUAGUACUGAGAUUAUGGGAUAUAAAGACUACGGGACACCUAUUCUGAGUGAAACAAGUAGUAUGUAAUCUUUAUCGCAAACAGUAAACUCAGAAUUUUACGCAUAUUCCUCAUAGAUAUCACUAAUAAUUCUCCAAGUUUAAGCAGAAAAAAAAAAUCGGUUCAAAGUUGAAUUUCAAGUUCAGCCAGUUCAUCUCAUGAGAAGGCUAUGAGACUAUAUACAGCCAGCAUAGCUACACUUUCAGGAAAUUCUCUGAGAUUUGUUGUUAAAACUUUUUUUUCUUUUUACAUCUUAGCUGUAAAUACCUCAGAGUGUGUUAGGCUGACAGUUAAAUUACUGUGUUUUAAAAAUCCUAGCUAGAGUUUCAAAUAUUUCCAUUAAACGUUUAAUACAUGAUAGCUUUAUGAUAGAAUUCCAAACCACUAUUAGUUUCCGAAAUUGAAUGUGAGCAAAACUUCUCUUAAUAUUUUCCUAUGGGAAGAGAGUGAAUGGGGUUUUCUAGCAUCUGCUAGAUGCUAGAAAAGAAGCAGAAGCACCAGCAAGGACAUAAGACUCCAUUCUCAUGAUGGUUCCUCCUGAGUUUUGCAGAUCCGAGACGUCUGAACAGCUCUAAUUAUGUUCAGAAAUAUAGGUGCUUACCCAAACUGAUCUCAGAUUUUUACUUAUUGUUGUUUCACCCAGCUGUGUAACCUAAAACAGGCUCCUGGCAUAGCAACAAACAUCGCACACUCGGGAAAUACUGCUCUGGCAAGGUGCAGAUUUCUCCACAGUCCUCCGUUUGGAGACGCGUGCAUCUCUCCUCCUGCCUCCUCCUUUCCCCAUGCAAUCUGUUGAGGUGAACCCCACAAACUACAAAAUUGCCCUAAUUUAUUUUUUUUUCUUUUAAUUUCAGAAUACAACAACAGGUUUAUUAUUAAGAAAGCCCUGAAAGUUUGUUUGUUUUUCUCCAGCCAUGAUUCUAGCUUCCUCUCUAAGAGCUGAGCUUAACUGGCUUGCUAUAGGAAACGGGUGCAAGUUAAAAUCAUCACUUCAACUACCACCACCCUACUGAGACUAAAGACGCUCUUGGAAACUCCUUCAUCCCUUUCAUUAACCUCAUCCCGGGCAAAGGCCUAAGGUGCAUUAAUGGCCACAUGAAUUCCAUUUUCAUCCUGCUGCUUAGAAAGCAGUGCCGGUAAACUCCUGGCAGCUAGGUUUUAUUGUGAAAAUUGUUUAUAUCUGCAAAUUAGUUGUUCCUUGCUUUUAUAAUAUUUGCAUAGUAUCUGUUUACAUUACGUAACUGCAAAGGUAUAUAUUUAUAACAAGUCAUUAGAAGCCUCUGUUUGAUGGUAACACUGAAUUCCUGUAUUUAUCUACCCUCUUUACUGCAUUAACGCUUGCAAUAACUUUUAGCUACAAGAGCCUCUGUGCACCUUUAAAACCUCAUUACCUUCUAUCCAGACAUUCAGCGCUUUCCGUGUUUCAUGCAGCCAGGCAGUAAAAGGCUGCGUGAGGAGCUUUCCUGUUUCUGGCUAUUCAGUGUUCACAGCUGCUUUUCUCCGGUUCUUUGCCAUGAGUUCUAGAAUUCGUACUAUGUGAAGUGCAUUGCUAUUUGGGGAAGCAUGGUUCCUGAAGAAAGAAUAAGGAAAAUGAACUCUGCCUACUUAAAGCUUGCCUCUUCAUUGCCAUUUGGUGUACUAAUUUCAUCAGGUGACGCCUACAAACUGACUUUCAGGUGCUCUUUUACUCCAUCACGCCAUCUGUUUGUGCAUUGGGUGCUAAUAUACAGUCUAUAUCAGUGAAUGCUAUGAUGAACGUCUGUAUUUGUAACUCUUUUGGGGAUAAAGCUAUAGCCUUAGGCAGAAGAAAAUAACCGAAUUAUACUUGUUUACCCCAUAAGCCAGAAUAUGGAAUGCAAAAGCCCAUCCACUGGUAUAGGUUUUAUAUAUAUAUAUAUAAAAAAAAUAUUUAUAUAUAUGGAUUUAUAUAAUCAUAUGCACAUAUAUAAAAGUACGUAUAUAUGUGUCUAUUGUAUAGUACUGGUGUAUAUAUAUAAAUACACCGCAGUGUGUGUACACCACACACUGAAUAAUGAAGGGAUGUCUACAGAGCAAAAAUAGGUAUCCGUUUCAUUAUAACUAGUGAUGGGUCUGAACCAAAAUCCUAGAUCCAAACGCCACUGCAUUUGGAAAGUUUGCACCUGUUUGUUGAGAUUUGUGGUUGAGUUUCAUCUCUGGUUACAGCUGCAGUUACUCGUGUAUAAAUGCAUUCUGGGGGACAUGCGUGUGCGCGCGCAUGUGCUUUUUCACAAGCGCAUGCCUGUGUGGGUGACAAGAGAAUGUGUGUGGCAGUAAGUGUGCGCCUGUUUACAUAUAUACUCCCAGCUUUGGUGAACUAUAGUGUUAGCGGUGUCAUCUUCACUUGUACAGUUUUAUCAGCAGCACACGAAUGCUUCUGUGAGUCACUUUUCAACUCUUUAAAUCACUACAUUGAAGUACUACAGUUGUACAGUUAUAUGUUCAUCUAUUCUUGCUCUGCUGUAACUUUUUAUGUAUUUUGUACUGCAUAGAUUAUAUAUUGUGAUAAUGAUGUCCUAUGCAACAACAAUAAAAAAGGAAAAAAAAGGAAAAAGGAAGAAAAGUAACAACUGUAAAAUAUCAUCUUAACUUGUAUGCAUGGUUAGUGACGUUUACAUUUUCCAAAAUAAAACUUAUAACUAUGAAAUAUUGAUUUUCUCUUAAUUUUAUUCUCUACGUAUCAGUUAAUAAGCAUCAGUUGUUAAUAUUUCUGGUGUUUGUUUGAGGCUUGAU